AUGGCUUCACUCAACACGGUCUUCCCAGGGCUGCCGCCAAAGUUUGAGCCCCAUGUGACUAUCACCACCAACAUAGUCAUAGAUUUGACUAAUCCAAAGGACGAUGUGGAUCGCAUUCUCUCUGCGUGCUGUAUUGCCCUCAACUCGCUUCCUAGAAGUUCGUCUAGCCAACACUGGAUCCAGAUGGGGAAAGUCAACAGUCAGAGGAAGUACUUCAAGAAGCUCUACUUCCAGGUAGCCAGGGAUCCCACGUUGGUGUCGUUCGCCCGGAUCGUGCGGGAACUUUUCGUCAUCUUACCCCAGAAAACAGAACAAGAACACAAGGCGAAAAAUCCACACCUUUACCAUAAGGACCAUGCGGGUAACUUGGUGAGGAAACACAAACUGCAUUCGAGAUCAGCGUCACUGAGCAAGGCAGAACCCAUCGAGGUUGCAAUUGACGUUGCUCGCAUCCAACAGGAGCUGGCACAAGAGGCUGCUGAGUGGUCUGUUCAGGAAUUCGACCCGCAUGUCUCGCUAGUUUAUAGCGACUUACACCCGAUAGAUAAUGCUCUAUGGCACACCAUUCGCUCGAGGGUGCUGGAUUACUUGUCCAUUGAUAACUGUGAUCUGGACAUUUGGGAUCAGACCAAUGAGGGUCCACAUUGGGACGGUGGAAUGUUAAAGUUGAUGCUAUGUGAGGGAGAUGUUAACGAUUGGGCGGAGCUUGGCUCGGUGGAUUUGCACAUGUGA